AUGAAGCUCCGAAAUGUGUCGAGCUUAACUGCUCAUCUCGGCAGGCUCUCAAUAGCCUCAACGCCUUUGCGGCCAGUCAGUGCAGCUCUAAUCGCUUCGUCCAACCAGGCAGCUCCAUCUCCAAAUGCCUCAUUUCUCCGCCGUCCUUUCUCGAGUACAACAGCCCGUGCUGGGAAUUGGCUGCUCCCUACGAUGCCAGAGAAGAAGCGUUCGCGGAAAGGUCGACCUCGUGUGCCAACGGGAGGUUCAGCAAGAGGAACGACGAUGGUUUGGGGCGACUAUGGGUUAAGGAUGGCAGAUCACCAUCGCCGGGUUAGCGCAUCACAAUUGAAGAUUGGAGAGGAUGCUAUAAAAGUUCGACUAAAGGGAAUGCGUUACCGGUUGUACAAGAGAGUCUGUGCAAGUAUCGGUGUGUAUAGCAGUGGUAAUGAGGUCCGUAUGGGAAAGGGAAAGGGAAGUUUCGAUCAUUGGGCGUCCAGAAUUGCUGUUAGCAAGGUCAUCUUCGAGUUGAAAGGAGAUAUUCACGAGCAAGUAGCGAGGGAUGCUUUCCGAAUAGCAGGGAACAAGAUGCCUGGAAUGUACGAGUUCGUAAAGAAAGGAGAUCCACCAGUUGUAGGAAUUACAAAGUUGGAUGGGGUUACUUUGGCGGAGCUCAAGAGGCCCAGAAGGAAGGUUCCUCUGCCUAUGCCAGGUGCUGGAGCAGCGGAAACAAGCUCAACUACCAUACCUACAUCUACACCGCCAGAAGCGUAA